UCAAAGAGUUCCUCGAGAAGGCGAAAGAAGACUUCGAAGAAAAAUGGAAAACUCCUACAAAGAACACGGCGUGCUUGGACGACUUCGAGCGCAUCAAGACCCUGGGCACCGGUGAGGUUCCCUGGCCACUUCUCCUCAGACCUGAAGGAUCUCUUGAGGAACCUGCUGCAGGUGGAUCUCACCAAGCGCUACGGCAACUUGAAGAAUGCCGUCAACGAUAUUAAGAAUCACAAGUGGUUCGCAUCAACAGACUGGAUUGCAGUAUACCAGAAGAAGGUUGAAGCUCCAUUUAUUCCCAAGUGCAAAGGCCCAGGAGACACCAGCAACUUUGACGACUAUGAGGAGGAAGCUCUUCGUAUUUCUUCUACGGAAAAAUGUGCCAAGGAGUUUGCUGAGUUCUAGAGGCCUUUUGCAGUGUCUAGAGGCUAAGCUGACUCCCUGUGUCUGUGUACAAGUUUAGUACUCCCCUCCAGAGACCCCAGUGCAUGUGCGUUGCUGUAUACAUGAGGCUGUGUGUGCACCAUUGUGUGCCAUGCAGUCAGGCCUCAGGCAAGCAGUGGGCUAAGAAAUAAUGCAGCAGGUGCUCAGUUGUGGGAGAAGCUGUUUACUUGGUGGCUCACACACAUGCAGACAUUGCCAGAGAGCCCAGGCUGUGAUGGCAGAUGUGCUACAGAUCAGAAUGGUGAUGUGGCAUAGGAAGCCGCCAAGGUCAGGAUUCUUCAGUGUCACUUGAAAUCAGCUUGAUAAGGCAAUAUGAACAAACAGAGGUGAAAGAAUACCUCUGUGUCAAUCCGAAGAAAUAUAGCCACUUGAUUUCCUAGAAAGCAAGUUGACGUCAAGUAACAUUCAAGAUCCAGUUUUGCCUUUUGUGUUGAUGUGUGCCACCUCAGGAAGAUUGCCAGACAGAGGCUGUCACGUGAUGGCGGGUAAAUGAAUGGCUUACAUUGUGGUCAUGGGUGCAAGUGCCAUUUUUAGCAAAUAAGGUGGCGUCUGUGAGGAAGUGUGCCGCCACAAGCCAGCCACUUGGGGUCUGGGAGCUAACCUAGUCAUGUGGUGAGUGGGGGGUUGGUGGGCUUGUCGGGAAGAACACCACUAAAAGAACGGAGACAUACAGAUGGACUGGAGGUUGCACACAUGGUGAACAUUUACUGCAGUGAGCUGAAUAUCGGUCGGUGCUUUGGAGUAGCAUUCAGAGUCCCCCCCUCCCCCUGUCUACUCUCAGUAGUGUUGGGGACGUACCAGGAGCCUUCAAGGAUUGCCGUUCAUGAUCUUUCAGUGCAGGACGUAUGCAACACCUUCAGCUUGAGUAUAAAAGUAGGAGUGAUAAUUUUUUCAUCAGACAAAGCCAGAGAAUCAAGAUGUAGUUGAGUUCCCCUGAAGGAGUGCCUGAAGGGGCAUCCUGCGCUAACUUCCACCGUCUGUCUCCCUGAGCAUCCCAUUGGCCGUCAACGCAAUCGACUGCAGCUUUGUUUACUACGCAUGGUCGAUGCCCCAGAUUAACUAUGCCAAAAUGCAGCAGACUCUCAUCACACAUUGUAGAUUACAUAGUUCACUUAUAUGGGUUCAACAGAGUUUUUAUGAUUUAAUACAGAAAUGACAAAAAAAGGCUAGAUUUCCCCAAGUUGCAUGUAUGUAGGUAUGUAUCAAAGUUAAUAAUAUUUAAAAAAAUAUGUCCACGUGUGCAAAGUUGUAGAAUACAUAUAUGUUGGAUUAGUGUUUCUAUGCGAUUCACAUUGAUGUGAUAAAUUUGAAGGAUGUGUGAUGGCUUCUUUUCAUCCAUUUCAAAAUGAAAAACUAGUUAGGCUUGUAUAAAUUAGAUUUUGUGAACUAAUCUUUUCUUUUAACUGCCAGUGGGAAUGAGUGGUUAGCAAAUGCCUAAAGUCUGAGAGCAAAUAUUUUUUCCUCUCUUCCUUCUUGUGAAGUCUUGAGCUAUUCAAUACUGUAAGACUCUAUGAGUCCUAAGGCACUUUGUAAAAAAAAAGAAAAAAAUAUUAUUUGUCUAUUUUCCUGCAUUUUAGAGUCGGUCUGGCGCUCUUGUUUAUGUACCACACUAACCGUAGAGGAUUUCUGUUAAGAAGUUACCCGAGAGCGUCUCAUUUCUUUAUAGUGCAAUAUUUUGAUGAAAGUGAGAAAGGUACCCUGGCGUCACUGUACUUUGCAAUGUUACAAGAAUAUGCAGCUCCAAGGUUUUCUGUCUCAUAUGUAUAUAUAUAAACUACAGGCUAUUCGCUGCCCCAGUCAUCUCUUCAUGCUGAGAUGAGGUUGAGUUUUGACGUCAUGCAGUGGUUGGCAGAAGGAAGCUUUUUACUUGAGAGAUGUUGUGCAGGUUCUCCAGUUAGUGUGAAAAGUGUGCAGCAUGUUGAAGGAUAUAGAGUGCCAGCCAUAAGGAAGUUUGCUGUUGCCACAGAAUUGGAGGAGAAAAAAAUCUUGUGUUGGUACUUUUUUCCCUUCUUGUAUUAUAUCCAUUUUGCUUGAAGCAGAAUGGCAAUGUAGAAUAUCCUGUUAUCAUCUGGGUUAUGAGACCUUUGUAAAAAGCAUGGGUUAUAAAGAGGAUUACAGUUGAAAGGUGGCCAAAAAAAUGUAACAAAAUUUUAGGUUUUUCUCAUAAUCUUUUAUUUUAUUUUGUAUAAAGGAAAUAAACACUGCUCAAUGGUGGAAGUUCUUGAUGUGUUGAUGUUCUAUUCAAGAAUUUUUGUGGCAGGCACUUCUGUAUACUGAUUUUUGUAACUGUCAUUUCUGUAAUUAUAAACUUUACCCAGUGUGGAACGAGGAGGGCUGACGAUGCCUGCAAUUAGUUCCUUUUUAUAGUGAUGGUGUAUUAGUAGGUCAUGAUCAUGUACCAGUUUUAAAGGUAAGACUCAAGUCACUGUAUAAUUUUGCUGAGUCUGUUAGUAUUUGUAGGUUUGAAGUACGUUAUUUUGUUUACCGAGUACCUCAUAGGAAAAUGAAUUUUAAGCUUUUUAUUUUUUAUUUUCUUGACACCACUGAGCUUCUGAAAUUGGAGUAACAACAGAGUGAUAUGAUGACCACUGGACACAAAACUUAAGACUGUACUCAGGCCACAUUGAUUAGGUGAGUGAUCCAUAUCAGAGCAGAGAAAGAAGGAUGAGUAAAUUGUAUGUUGAAUAUAUUUUGAGUGUUUGUCCAAGUACAUAUAAAUUUAAAAAAGAGUGAAUAGCAACUCAACAUCAAAAUCCAGUUGCUAAUAUGCUAUAUUUCCCCCAUUUUUUUUUUCUUCUUCACAGAUGUUACCUGACUUACCAAUACAGGUAGAAAAUAAGAUUAUUCUAUAUAUAUAUAUAUUUCUUGAGUUUAGAAAAGAAUAAUAAUAUUUAUUUAUCAUGAGCUUCAAUACGUUUGAAGGAUAUAGAGUGGAUGAUAACUUAGGUCAAAUGCAGCCUCGUCAGUAAGUGAACAUUUUGAGCACAAAUAAGGUUGUUCCCGAAGUAACCUAACGGCAGUAGUGGGAUUCUUAGAUGCGACGAAUUGCCAAGGUGACUGGCAUAUAAGCUAUGGCAUGUUAUGCUGUGAGACCAAAGCUAAAAAGGUUGGCUGGUUCCUUUCUGUAAGUGCCCCUCCCCCCCUCCAAAGGUAAGCAAUGGAAAUAUUUAAAAGUAUAUAUAUAUAUAAUUAUUUUUAAAAAUUAAAAAAAAAGAACCACCCUUCUCAUAUAUGUAAAGGCUCGCAUUCCAGGUGUUGUCUUUGGAAAAAAAAUAAUAUUAUGAUUUUGAUGCCCAUUACUGCUCGUGAUUGCUGCUUGCACUUUCAAAAGCAUAUGUCAGGACAUGCCUCAUUAUGUUACGACAUUUGUUAAAGUGUAUUACUUAGAAAAGAAAAAAAAAAGAGUAAAAAUUUGUCAGGAAUUCUGGCAGUCUAAAAACGUGAUGGCAAUUUGCUUUCUUUUGAUUAUUAUUAUUCUUUCUUUUCACUGUACAAAAUUACCAUAAUUUCCCUUAUGUUAUAGUUCUUAAAGUAUCUUUGUUUCAAGGAUUGAUUCAUAGAUAAAUCCUAAGUUUCUGCAGCAAUGUAAGUUCAAAUUGAGUUAUAUAUGUAAUCUAAGCAGUUGGCUGCAGCCUACAGAGAUGAUGCGCUAAAUACAUUCCGCAAAUUGAGCCAGAGCAACCUGGGCAUGUGAUUUUUUUUUCUUUCUUUUAUUCUCUCGGAUACCUUUUGUAUAUUGUUCCCUAAAUUACCCAAAGACUGUAUGAAGCUCAUGAUUAAUGUACUAUGAGUAACUGUGUAAUUGUGAUCAGUUUCUAAAACAUUUCUCGGGCAACGUUUGACCAAAAAGUGACAAAGUGAAUUUCUUCUGACCUUCUGCAUGUCCCCAAGUGGAGGAGCUGCAAGGCAUCUCUCUCUUUGGCAGAGGAACCUCAAGGUCUAGAUUUAUGCUAGUCACUGCUGAGUUUUAACACAUUUUGGUAAAAUUCACAUAUGCCCAAGUAGCCCUCUGCAAGCUGCGGUGAAAGGAAGUGGUGAUUGUUGAAGAAUUACGAUAGUAAUACAAUGAUUAUGAGGAGAGUGGACAAACAAAACAGACUGACGUGCGUUAGUGGGUUCCUUGAUGUUGACUGUAUGAAAUCCCCCGCUCCCCCAUACAAGCCACCUGCACACGGUCCCCUUAGAAACUCACAGAAAUAUCUUCUUGUCAUGGGCUACUUGCUGUAUGGUGUGUGAUUAUAGCAUUAAUUCAUCAUCUUCCCUAAUGAUUGUUACAAUAUAUAUGAUAUACAUCUCAGAACUGCUAGUAUCUAUUUUUCUUAAUCUCUAACGUGCAUUAGACACUGUGGGAGGGACCCUGUUUAGGCAGCUUAAACCAGACUAUAUCCCUACUGAGUAUUUAAUCUAUGUUCAGUGUUCAUAGUCCGAUUGCAUUGAGUUCAUAUUUUGUGAUUUGUAGUUGCCAAUUUUGAAUAAGACGUUAAUAAAUGAAACAUGUACUAAGA